ACACACAGUGGAGCAGAGGGAAUGUCACUGACACACAGCAGAGCAAAGGGAAUGUCACUCACAUGCCCCGAGGCCAGGAAGCUGCUGAAUCGCUGGGCCCGGCUGGAGGAAGCGGUGCUGGCGGUGAGAGGGAGACGGCGAGAGCAGUUGCGGGAGGUUCAGGAUUAUCUCAGAAAACAACCCUCCGUCCAGCAACCAGCGUUGGAGCCCACCCAAUUGCUUGGGGAGGAGGCCGGUGCUAUUGGGGAGAGUGUCCGUGGGGAGCCUCCGGAGCAGGAGCUGGACAGUGUCGGGGAAUGGCUGCGAGACACCAGGGCUGAGCUGCAAGCCCCGGCUUGGGAGGAUCCGGGAGAUCAACUCAAACACCAGGAGGAGCUUCAGGCUGGAGUGGGGCGGCAGUGGGAAGUGCUGGAUGCUAUGAGGGCGCGUGUCCACAGCAGCGUCUCGGAGCCACUUGCCCCUGAGCUGGAGAUCAGCAUCGAGGGCACAGCCAGUGAGCUGGAGACAGUGCAGGAGGAGUGUAAGCUGCAGGGCCUGCGGAGCAGACGGUGCCAGGGUCUGAGCAACAGCAUCAGUGCGGUGGGCAUUGGGCUCAGGGCAGUGGAGAUGGUCUUACAGCAGCGGAGCCAGAGCCUGAGUCAAGCACAAGCACAACACAAGAGAGUGUGGGCUGAGGUGGAGCAGUGGCAGGCGAUGCUGUCCCGGUUGGAUGCUGAGGUACAGGACAUGGCGGAGCAGGACCCCCAGGCCGCCCAGCAGCUCAUGGAUCGGCUGAUCCACCCUCUCCAGCUCCACCAGCGAGUGGCCCGGCAAGCCGAGCAGCGAACCUCCCUGCUCAACAAGAUACCAGGCUACCUGGAGCAGUACGAGCAGGUCACAAACUGUGCCAAGUCUUGGAUCAAGAAACACAGAGACCCUCCUUCAGCACUGCAGCGAUGCCGGCAGGGCGAGGCCAUGCUGCACGAUGUGGGGGUCAAACUGAGGGAAGUUUCCGAGAUCUACGAGAGUGAGGGCUUCGAGGCGGCGGCCAGCAGCCAGCGGGAGGAAUUGGCUGCUUUACAACAGCGGCUGAGCCUGACUCUGCCAUCCCUGGAGCAUGUGGCCAUGGAGAUCGAGGCUGUCGAGGCCGAAGUGAAAAUCAUUGAGAAAAAGAUUUCCAAAGUGCGCGCCAUCCUCUCUGCUACCGAUCUGUUUGACACGCCUGUGUCUGAGCACCUCCUGAACACACAGAUUAUUCUGGAGAACGUGGAGGAGAUGAGGCAGAUUGUUGAGGAAAUGGAGCAGUGUCGAGCCUCGUUGGGGCUUCCUCAACAUAUCAUUUCCACUAUUGCUGUGUUCGUCCAAGUUCGGGAUAUCUCUGGGGACCUGGAAGCACUGCAGGAGGUGACAGCCCAGCAGAGCAGAGUCCUGGAGGUGUUCACUGUCAGCAAAUUUACAAGAGUAUGA